GUAGGCGGAGGUGGAUGAGUGUGUCGUCGCUGUGCGGCAGGGAGCGGCGGUGUGUGGUGGCCGGGGGUGGGCUCGGGGGGCCGGAUGGCGGCGGUGCCGCGCCAUGUUGCGGUGGCUUGUGGCGGUGCUCAGUCACUCCUGUUUUGUUUCCAAGGACAUGUUCUACGCGGUGCGCAAGGGCCGGCGGACGGGCGUUUACCGCACCUGGGCAGAGUGUCAGGAGCAAGUGAACAAGUUCCCCUCCGCUACCUUCAAGAAGUUCGCUACUGAGAAGGACGCCUGGGCCUUCGUGCGCUCCGACCUCCCGGCGCAGCAGCAGCCUUUGCCAGCAGGGGCACAGGGUCCUGCACCUGUAACACAGGAAAAUGGUAGCCAGAGAGAGGAACCAGAAAUAAAUGCAUUGUGUUGCAAUACAUGCAAAAGGCCGUAUGAACAGUCUACCGGUGGAGAGCACAUUGCAAAGCGUGUAAAACAUGAUGAAGUAUACUCAGCGCCAACAGUCAGUGAAGAUAAAUUUUCAUAUAUGGGUGAGUUUGCAGUCGUUUAUACAGAUGGUUGUUGCUCAGGUAAUGGACGUAGCAGGGCACGUGCUGGAAUAGGUGUCUACUGGGGGCCGAGCCACCCUUUAAAUACCAGUGAAAGACUUCCUGGACGGCAGACUAAUCAAAGAGCAGAAAUACAUGCAGCCUGCAAAGCAAUAGAGCAAGCAAAGAGUCAAAACAUCAAGAAACUUAUUAUCUACACUGAUAGCAAGUUCACUAUUAAUGGUAUUACAAGCUGGGUUGACAACUGGAAAACAAAUGGCUGGAGGACAAGUUCAGGAAGAAGUGUAAUAAAUAAAGAAGAUUUUGAAAGGCUUGCUAAUUUAUCAAAAGAUAUAGAAAUUCAGUGGAUGCAUAUUCCUGGUCAUGCUGGCUUCAGAGGAAAUGAAGAAGCUGAUAGACUAGCAAGAGAAGGAGCUAGUAAACAAUGGUCCUGAUGUACAGAGACUAGGGACCAUCACAGCGGGAGGGAAAGGGCCAGGAUCACAGUGACAACUUGAAUGGCUGCAGUUGUUUCAGAGUUGAACUUUGAAGUGUACUUCUUUAUGGCCUGAAGUGUUAAAACAUGUACCAACUUCACUGGAGAAAACCAUCACAUUUUCUUUUAUAGCAUUUGUUUUACAGUCAAGUUUUUUGCAUUUUUUUGUUUAAUCUGAUGAUACAAAGUGCUUGCUUUUACCCCACCUUACUGAAGGGCCUCAGUCAGUAGUUUUAAUUGUCUUGCAGACUUCUGAAUUCACUGUAAAGACAGACUUCGGAAGAAGUAAUAUUGAAUCUUUAUCUUGUGUUCUGUAUUUUUCUCUUAGCAAAAUAAAUUAUUUUGUUGCACAGAGGUAUAUAUUAACAGUCCAAAAUACUUGCGGGAGGGGACCUAACACAGAGAUCUCUGUUGGUAUGCUCUGGCAGUAGCAGGUGGGCUUGUAACACUCACCUGUGCCACACAGCAUCAUUAGCUAGAGCGCCUGAGAUUUCUUUAUAAUUUUACUUACUUUGCAAGGCAGCAUGAAUAAAGUAAAAAGCCAGAUCUUUAGGGAACUUGAAUGGUGAAUUUUUUACAGUUUUCACUAGCUGCUUAAUGUCCAAGCUCUUUAUUUCUGGCCUCCUAUUUCCAUCAAGUAUUUUUUUCUGCAUACUGGUUCACGUUAGCAUUAUUGGUUCCUUUUCAGUGUUGUACCAAAGGUAAUAAAUAAUUGGCCAUUUUAUCUGAAAUGGAACUAGAAGAUGAUCAGCUUCUCUAGGUCUUCCAGAUGUCGAGUGUUUGACUUCAUUUUUUCCAGUCAAUGAUGAGAUUAAUGGAAUGGCUAAUGUGCAUUUGAAUUGGAGAAUAAUUACCAGUAAUCAACAUAGUUUUAUUUUCUAUGCAUAUACAUGGGAAGAGCAACCAGAUUUGAAAUUUGCCUUGAAGGAAGACGCACCAUCAACCCUGAUCAGAUCAGGUUGAGGUAUCACAGCGUGACCAGCAACAUACUGAAGGCAUGGCAUCUAAUCAUCUGCCUAUCAAUACAUCUCCAGUUAAACAUGUAGAUCCUAUUUACUGUAUGGAAAUCUCUAUGUUUUGAAGCAGCAGCUUUGGAAAAUAAAUACAGAUAAUGGUGGGUAAAUCAUA